AAACGCUCCCGAAACACAAGGGCAACCAUUUCGACCUCCGUCACGUGAUCUGUAACGGGCAAAGUGCCGUACCUAAUAACACAGCAAUGGCUGGACCUGCUUUUCCGAUCGACAUGCACGGAAGCGCUGCCGUUUGGCCGGGACUGGGGGAUCGGCUAUGGGGUAACUCUCAGCUGACCUAAAUCGAACAUGCUUCAACAUUUUUGCGAGUGAAGCCUGGAUCCGAGCCAUUAUUUGUGAUGAAUAAUAACGUCAAAACUCAACUGUUUCUUGCGCACAAAACAUUGAGCAGAAAUUAGAUAUGCAGCUUGUCGAUCUUUUCCUCCCACCACUUGAUGUUCGGAUAUAAGGGCAGGUAUUAAUUAACCAAGAUGGAUUCACUCAUAACUCUUCUGUUGAAGCGGCAUAGUUUCACCGGUGAUGUUUGGAGCGUUGAGCCUCGCAGCUCUCUCCACCUAUCAGUUAGCGAGGGUUUCGGAGGUAGCAGGACCGCCUCUCAAGCUUGUUCACUUUUACUACAAUCAAUAGCCUACAGGCAAAUUACUGUCUCAAGAGGUGACCUCAAGUUCUCCAACUACCCUCCCGGCCUCGAUGUUAACAGUAUAAGCAACGGCUCUAAUGGAAAAUAUAUAGUCGUAGAACUCACUGGAGACAUCACGGAGCAACCUUAUCUAAUGCUGGGAUCAAUAAUCUGCCUUGCGGAUCCAUCAACUGCUCCAUAUAUCCUGCCUGUGUAGUAACCCAGCAAACCCACCUCAUCAGGGUCCCAUCCGCCAUCGAUCCCCUCAACUGUCUCCAGAUCCUGAACACUGGUCGCACACUCACCUCUAACGGCGCUCUAAUGCUAGCAUCCGAUGGCGGUCCCGGGAUCAACGCUGGCUCGCUCGCAUGCAACUCCGUUAUCCAAACCAUCGUGUCCCUGGCCCAAGUCCAGCACACAACCUUCUAUCUCAACGAUAUUUGCUUUAACCCCUGGCCCCAUCUAGAAGCCACUGGCAGCGGAGUAGCAUAUAGCAUGGAUUCGAGGGCUAAGGCGGGGUUAUCGUUGUUGAUCUCGGCGUCGGCAAUAGCUGGCCGCAUUUGACGGGG